ACUAAAACACGCUUUUUUCAGAGAAAUCAACUUAUUGCUUUUACGAUGAUAUUUGCGCUUUUAAUGAUCGGUUUAGUUUUGGCUUUUGAAAUGCUUCUUCCUGUGAUCACCAACCCUGAAUAUCCUUAUUACAACGAGAAACUCUCAUUCAGCUGGAAACGCUGA